CAGGGAACAGAUGUGAUAAGUAAGAAGAUACCAUUUAUACACACUUGCUAUUUGGGGUUGAAGUGUGCUUAAGAGAAAGUUGCAUAGAUCCUAAGUCUGCAAUCAAGAAAAGUUGCUCUUAAUGUGCUGAUACUUUUAGAACCGGGACAAGGCUUUUAUGUCUUUAAAAAACAGCCACUUUUCUCCUAUCAGUUGUUGUUUUGAUUGAAGAAAAGGAAAAAUGAAAUGAGCACCUCAUGAAGAAGAUAUAGAGCUAUUUUGAAGAGCUUCCUUUACAAAUGCUCCUCUUGGGAUUCAGUCUCUCACAUAACACAAAUCUCGUCUGAACCAUCCUUCUCUGUGAACAGUAUUUUGGACAGGAAAUACAGACAGAGGACAUACAUGUGUGUGAGAAGAGAGCAUGUUAUGAUGCAAUGACUUGUUCAAAAGACUACUUAAAGAGAGCCAUGAAGGAAAUGCUUUAUCUAAGAACAAAAGCAUGGUGACUUCUGAAUAUUACAUCACCAAAUGAGGAACCUACAAGCAAGACAUAAUUUCUACUUGGCGGCACCUGACUUGCUGGAUCCCAAAUCGGCCACUCAGAACUCCAAACCAAGAUUGUCAUUUUCUACCAAGCCUACCGUGCUCACUUCACGGGAGGAAAGCGAUUCAGCUAUUAAUGUUAUGAAAUGGAAGACAGUCUCAACAAUUUUCCUGGUGGUGGUCGUGUAUUUAAUAAUUGGAGCAACAGUGUUUAAAGCCCUGGAGCAGCCUCAUGAAACCUCCCAGAAAACCACCAUUGUGAUUCAGAAGCAGACGUUUGUGUCUCAGCAUUCCUGUGUGAAUGCAACAGAGCUUGAUGAACUGAUUCAGCAAGUAGUGGCAGCAAUAAAUGCAGGAAUCAUACCUUUAGGAAACACAUCUACUCAGAUCAGUCACUGGGACUUGGGAAGUUCCUUCUUCUUUGCUGGCACUGUUAUUACCACCAUAGGCUUUGGAAACAUCUCCCCACGCACACAAGGUGGAAAGAUAUUCUGUAUCAUCUAUGCCUUACUGGGAAUUCCUCUCUUUGGUUUUCUCUUGGCUGGUGUUGGAGAUCAACUAGGGACAAUCUUUGGAAAAGGAAUUGCCAAAGUAGAAGAUACCUUUGUUAAAUGGAAUGUGAGUCAGACAAAGAUUCGCAUAAUUUCAACAAUAAUAUUCAUACUGUUCGGCUGCGUGCUGUUUGUUGCUCUUCCUGCAGUUAUAUUCAAGCACAUAGAAGGCUGGAGCACACUAGAUGCAAUUUACUUUGUGGUUAUCACUUUAACUACCAUUGGAUUUGGUGACUAUGUUGCAGGGGGAUCAGAUAUUGAGUACCUAGAUUUUUAUAAGCCAGUGGUGUGGUUCUGGAUCCUUGUUGGGCUUGCUUACUUUGCAGCUGUCCUCAGCAUGAUCGGAGACUGGCUAAGAGUCAUAUCAAAAAAGACAAAGGAAGAGGUAGGGGAAUUCAGAGCCCAUGCUGCGGAGUGGACAGCCAACGUCACCGCAGAGUUCAAAGAAACACGAAGGCGUCUCAGUGUGGAGAUCUACGACAAGUUCCAGCGGGCUACCUCCAUCAAAAGAAAGCUCUCCGCUGAACUCGCUGUCAACCACAAUCAAGAUCUGACUCCUUGCAAGAGAACCCUGUCAGUCAACCAUCUCACCAGUGAGAAGGACAUCUUGCCAGCUCUCACAAAGACGGACAGCAUUUAUAUGAAUGGUUUGACACCGCACUGUGCAGCAGAAGAGAUAGCUGUUAUUGAAAAUAUUAAGUAGCUGUGACUUUGGAUCCCAGCCCAUGAGAAGCUCUUGGCUUAGACUAGCCAUAUACCUUUUUUUCUCCACCCUGUCAAUGAUCGAUGCUAAUAGCAUUUUAUAUGUGUGCAUGAGUUCCACAGAAACUACAGUCCCAAGUUACCAUCACAUCUCUUCAAAGACACAAAGAUGAAUGGCACUUCUGUUAUCGAAAGAUGCUGGAACAAGCAAUGUCUUCUGCCUUUAUCUGCCCAGACUGUUUUUCACUUCUCCUAAUGUGCCAUAUGGCCUCAAGAAUGAUUCACACUUGUUUAUGGUAACAAUGUAGCUUUGAGGGAUCAGUCCUUAAAAUUUCAGGGUCUACCUUACUGAGCCUAGGAAUGGACCAUUUAUGGACUACAACACAUUUGUAAAUGGCAAGAAAUUCUUAUGCAGCCUUUUACCUAAGAAAUUUUUGUCAGUGCCUUAUCUUUUGAAGAACCAGAACCUCUACAAUUCCUGUAUGGUUUUUGUUUGUGUUUUAUUUUUCUUUUUUCUUUUUUAAAUGAGAAGUGUAUUUCCUUUGAGCUUUCAUUCUUCCUGAAAUGAUGGUGUUUUAAAGGUGUCUGUAUUGAAGAUACCAACCAGCAUGAAUGAAUGCCAAAACUCAACAGUCAUCAACUGAUGUUCUUAGCUCUAAAUUUAAAGGCACUGCAGUCUCAGAAGUUUCAAACAUGUCCCCCAGAAGCAUUUUGUUUUACUCAGGUCCAGCUGAUACUUGUUCACACUGUCUUGUAGAAUUUGCAGACCCUGUCUUAUUUUUUCAAGCAGUGUUCAGCAGUUUUUUUUUCUCUAUGUCAGAUGUACCAAAAAAAAAAAAAAAAUAUCUGCAGCUUAUCUAUCACUAAGUUAUUUGGUGGAUGACCAAGAGCAAAUAAAUAUGGCUAUUUUGAGGAGAGGCAGGAGAGGCUUUUAAUUGCUGUAUUCUAAUAACCACAUUCAGAAAACAAUGCAGGAAAAAAAAUACAGCAUUUUCUAACAAGCAUAAAUCUUCUGCCAGAUAUUUGCUCUGUGACAAGGAUUCUUAACUUCCUCUUUAAGUCAAGUCGCACCAGAUGCCAUAUGAUAUUUUACACAGGAAUCCUGCUGGAGUGCUUUCCUUAAUGUCACACUGUACAGUAGCUGCCUGUGCCGGAGCUGUGACUAACGUGGGAAUGCAAUCGAAACUGGUAUCACUGUGACUUCGUACAUUUCAAAUAGAGAUGGCUCUGAAUAUAAGUGCAGGCAUGAAGAAGAGCUGAUAAAUAGCACAACCUGAAUACUGAUGAUUGUUCAGAAAGGAUAGGCUGACAAGAAGCAGAUCUGAACCAGACUCCAGGUUUUCUUUACAGGUUUUAAGAAAGCACGUUAACUUUAAUUUUACGUCCUCUGUUUUGCUUAUAGGUGUACAUGAGAUUCAGAAGAAAUGCAGGAUGGAACGGAUAAUUUUACAUUCUUUUCUUAUGUUAGUCUAUUGUAACCUGGCUGUACAUAAAAUGAAUUGAACAGGCCUUAAAGAAUAAUUUAGGCUCUGUGUAAAUUAAACAAACAAACAAACAAAAAACAUCAAAAAAAAAAAAAAACAACACAAAAACAAGACUUUGCUGAUUGGGCAUGAUUCAAGUGGCAAAUCUUACAGCAUCUCUGACCAUUAGAUAACAUGCAAGAUAUGAAUGUUAAUGUUUUUGGAUGCUUAGCUUGUUUUCUAAUAAAUAUAAGUUAAUAUGUAAAUUCAGUCAAUUCAGUGUAAAUAUCAGUCAGUUAACAUUUACAGAGAGUACGCUUUUAAAAUUAAAGAAGUUCCAUGAAACAGCACCGAGCAAUGCUCUUAUAACAAAGACCCUUGUCUCCCCAGCACAGUGUUCUGAAUGUCCACAUGGCAAGAGUUCAUCUUGCCAUGUAUAAACUGUGAAUUGUAAUGAAAAAUAAAGUUUUUAAUUAAAAUAAGCUUUUCUGAAUCUCCUGCUUGCUAUAACUGGAAUGCUGAGAAAUCAUUUGUGAAACUGAUUUUGUGUUUUCACUGGUUAGAGUAUAGCAGUUUGCCACCUUCUUUAAUUUAAGCUGGUUUAGCAAUAAAAGCUUGACUCAUCCAGCACAGGAAUAUAUUUUUUUCUUGAUAUUAAAAAUAAUGCUCUGUGGAUGCUGUA